UGAAAUUUUACAAUUUAAUUUUUCUGUAGCAUGCUUGUUAAUAACAUUUAAGUAAUCUUUAAAAUUACUAAAUAAAUGUGUAUUUAUAUCAAUAAAAUGAAACCAAGAAUUCUAUUAGGAAUAACUUGGUCUAUAGAAGAACUAAAAAAACUUGUAAAUGAUAAAAAUUCAUGUGUUAGCAUGCAACGAUCUCGAAAACACGUUGCUCUACAUCCGAUACAUUUAAAUGAUCUAAACAAAGCUUUUCAAGGUAUUUUAGAUUCAUCGAUUAAUAUUUAUGAUCCGCAAUUUAAAGGACUUCUUUUAGCAUAUAAAAAUCCUAAACUCAUAAGUCAGUUGGGAACAAUUUUAUAUGAUUCUCAUUUCAUCCAUGUAGAUAUUGAAGCUGAUUUUUAUGUAUUUCAACCUCAAGAACAAUGCGUUCUGACUGGCGUAGUCAAUAAAAAAGCCGAUAAUUAUAUAGGGGUAUUGGUCCAUAAAGUUUUUAAUGUAUCAAUACCAAAAAAAGAAGAAGAAAACUGGGAAGGGCAUUAUUUAGAAGUUGGUGACGAUGUAACUUUUACUAUUGAGCACGUUGAUUUGAAAGGCAAGUUACCUUUUAUUAGGGGACAACUAUUACCAAGUGGUAAGUCAACACAUCACCUUUCUAACACAGCAUCAUCCCAUCAAUUCUUUAAUAGUGAUGAAGAAUUAGACAAUGAUAAUACUGAAAAGAUGGACGAAAAUAAAGAACCGAAUAAACCAAAACGGCUGAGUUUUUUGGGUGCAACAAACAGUGAUUUAAGUGAUGAAGAGACACGAAGUGUCAAUAAAGUCACGAAAGAUAAAAAUGAUUCAAAUUUACUUGAAUGUAGUUUUCAAAAUGAAGAAGAAAUUUGUGAAAAACAAUCUAGUUUAGAAAGUACUAUUACUACACGUGACGAAGAUGAAAAUGAUUCCGUAUUGUUAAAUGGAACAGAGAAGUCAAAAAAAUUAUCAAAAAAAGACAAGAAAAAAAGAUCAAAAGAUAAAGAACGACACGUGGAAAAUGAAAAUAAUACAUUAACUGAUGAUAGUACAUUUAAUCAUUCAAAAAAUCCAUCUGUGAUUGAAAAUGAAAUAUCUAUUAAAAAGUCUAAGAAGCGUAAACAUAAAGAUACUGAAGAGAAUAGUUUUUCGGAACCUUCUCCGAAAAUUCGCAAACAUAAGAAAAAACGUAGCACGCCUGAAGAUGAUGAACAAAGUAGUAUUAAUGAUGAAGGGAAUAAGCUCUUUUCCGAGAAUGAUAAAACGGAAACACCAAAAAUGUUAGUUGAAGAGAAAACUUCUCGAAAAUCUUCUAAAAAGAAACAUAGAGAAAAAAUUAAAGUAGAGCAAAAUAAUGAACAAAUUGAUUUUAACGAAACGGAAACAAAUUCCAUAUCAUUUAAUAAUGAUAUUGAAUAUUCUAAAAAUUCAUCACAAGAAGAGCAGCCUCCACAUUCUCCCAAAAAGAGUUCUAAACAUAAGAGUAAAUUAAAAGAAAAAAUAAAAGAAGAGCAACCUAAUUCUCCUGUCAAUCGGACUACCGAAUUAUCACAAAGUGAACGAGAUCAAACCGAUGAUUCAUUUCUUAAUAACUUUAAUAAUUAUACAAAUUUAUCACAAGAUACUUUUACUGAAUCUUUCACUGAAGUGCCAACAAAAUCUACUAAGAAGAAAAAACGAAAAUCAACUAGUGAAAAUUUCUUAGCUGUGAAAAUUAAAGAAGAGCCUGUAUCAGAUGCUGAAAGUAGUUUCAGUAAAAAAUCCAAACGAAAGCAAAAAGAUCGAGAAAACAUCGAUGAUAGCCUUGAUAACCUCGAUACAGAAAUAUUAGAGACUAAUAGUAGUCAACAUAAAAAAAAGAAAGACAAGAAACCGGUUAAUGAUGUUUCUAUUGGUAAAAUUAAAGUGAAGCAAGAAGUUAUUGUAAAAGAAGAGUUUAGUAAGAAAAAGAAACAUAAAGAAGGUAAUCAAUCAACUUGGAACAUCAAACAAGAAUUUACAUCUUCAGACGUGGAAGGAACUGCAGUGAAGAAAAAAAUUAAAACACUCUUUACAGAAUAAAAUAUAAACAUAAUUUUAUAUUCCAUGCCUCCUGCAACCUUCACAAAUAAAAAAGAGUCACAAAAAGGAGUACAUCUGGAAUAUCACGAUAAUAGGAUUUUCUUCUUGAGAUUCAUUUGACAAUUAAUUAACUAGAGUGCUACGGAAGAGGCCAA